GCGAUUGCUUGUGUACAAUCAAUAAAAUAUAAAUUUUAUUUUCAUAUGAUAACUCUUAAUUAUGUAGUUUCAAAUCAUUCGAUACUUAAGAGGCGUGUACUACAUUAGAUAAACUUUAGUUUUAUAAGUUAUUUGUGUGUGUUUUAUGAUGUCUAUGAGAGAUAAAUGGGUGCGGCGAUUUUCAGUCGACGAGACGGCGAAACAUAAGAAUGGUUUCACUCUAUAUAAGAUCACAUCUGUUUUAUUCCCCCUGGAUUCUCCUGAAGCCGUCACAGUGGUGUCUGUGUGGAAGAGAUACAGUGACAUUCAGCAGUUGCACAAAUCUAUGAAGGCGCUGCACAGUGGACUGCACCUACGAGGCUCCUUCCCCGCGCUUGCUAAGAGCAGCUAUUUUAAACGGUUUCAACAGGAAGUGAUUGAAGAAAGAGCGAAGUCAAUUAAGGACUUAUUAGAAUUUGUGGCGGAACAUCGAUUGUUAUUCACAAGUACAGAUUUUGUUAACUUUCUACAGUCUGGCUACCCAGACCCGGAACCCAAAGGAGUGAUAAACGCAAUCAGAUCAUCGCUACACUUGCCCGUAGAAGACACACCACCUUUGGAAUAUCAAACGUCAGAUGAUGAUUCUAAAAGCCCUGAAACACAAAACAUGAACUCAACAAACGCAAGUCCGAUAAAUUCAAACACACAGAUGAACAUUUCUCAAAUACCUAUAUAUGAAGCGGCAGACAUAGAAAUACGACAAUCACCAAUAUUACAGAAAUCUAACACUAAUAGCUUCGAAUCUCUAGACUCUCUAGAUAGCAUAAGCAGCGAUUUAUAUGAAGAAUUAAAUAAAAUGACUAUAAAAAAAAGUAAAUCGUUCGUCAAAAAGAAUGUUUUACCAGAUUUAAUUAAUUUUGACGCGCCAUCGACUUCGAAAUUCGAUGAUUAUCACACAAUGCCCAGAAAUAUAAAUUCCGAUGAAGUUGAUUCGAUUAAUUUGAAUAAUCAAAAGUUAACAACGUCGACGUCACAAUUGGAUUCUAGAAGUUUCGAUUCGGCUUCGAUCGGGAAUUCCCGGCGGAGUUCGUACAGCAUGCUGUCCCUGUCUAACGUCGAGUGUAAGACAAGGACGGAGGAUAGUUAUGUUUUCGAAGCGGGUUAUUUGUUGAAUUUGGCGGCAAGAUGCGAAGAUGUUGGUGAUUUUCAACGGUCUUUCGAGUGCUAUAAGUCGGGGAUCGAGAAAAUGCUUAUUGGUGUGCAGUCGGACACAGAUCCACAAAGACGAGCGUUAAUAAAGAAUAAAACGAGCAAAUAUCUGUCGUAUGCUGAAGAAAUAUAUAAGAAACAUCUCAGUGGGACAGAGCAAAGUCUAUUGCCAGAGCGAGAUAGCGAUAUGCCGAAGCCGAUUCACAGCCCCAUCCCGUUAUCAAUGCUAAAACGUCCCUAUGAAGAAUUAGGAAUGUAUAGAGUCCUAGGUGUCCUAGGUUCUAGUAUUAUGUUAGUACUGCAUAAGACUGAGCAGACUUGUUAUGCUAUGAAGGUGAUACAAAAAAUACCGCACAAUCUCACGGAAUUUGACGAUUAUUUCCAACAACAAGCUACUACAAGACAACCUAUAUUACCAACUUUAAUACCAUAUAUGGUGCCUUUACAUGCAUACAUAGAAACAAAUAAUUUAUUUUUCUUAAUAUUAUCUUACGCACCGGGAGAAAAACUAUUCGAUUAUAUUAAAAACUAUGCAAAAUCGAUUCCCAAUACACCUUCUAAAGUGAAUUUGGAAAAUGUCUUCCCGAAAAUCGAUUUGGAGAACGAAUCGAUUGAUUUGAAUCGGAAUAUCGAUUCGGAAGUAUCGGUUAAGGAAUUAGUCAUGAAUUCGCAGAAGUUGUUGAAGAAUGUCGAUAAAGUUUUGACGGAUAGUGAUGUGCGGGAGUGUAAUAGUGUUGUGCAAGAGACUAGUAGUGUUGAGACGGUAGUAAAAAAUCCCCGAGAUGUUUUACCCCCCUCCACGAUAUGCAAGUGGGGGGCGGAAAUAUUGACAGCCAUCGAGUGUUUGCAUAACUCCGGUGUUAUACUUAGAGACCUAAAUCCGAACAACAUCCUCCUUUCCGAAGGUGGUCAAAUCACGCUAACUUAUUUCACACAUUACCCCGGCACAGAGAUGUGUAUAUCUCAAGUUGGAAAGGCUAAUAUCUACUGUGCGCCGGAGUUGAUGAGGCCUUUGUGGGGGGAGGGGGGGGAGUGUGACUAUUGGAGCUAUGGCGCUGUUAUGUACUAUCUUAUAUGUGGCGUGCCGCUGUCUCACUACCACAACGAAUUCACGAGUCACACAAUAUUGCAACUGCCCGAGGGACUCAGUGUGGAAGUGGAAUCUUUUCUUACACAGUUGUUAACCUACGAGCCAUCGGAACGCCUCGGUUCCGGUAAAGACGGUAUAGAGGAAAUAAAACAACAUCCAUAUUUUAAAAACAUCGACUGGCAAAACGUAUAUAACUCGUGGAUUGUCCCGGAUUGAUGUGAUUUUGACGAAUUGAUAGAUGAGCAAUUUUGUAGCCUAUAUUUGGGUUUCGUUCGGAAAUUUGAUUGAUUGGAUAAUUCAAUCGUUAAUUAACCAAAGUCAUUGUUGAAAUUCAAGGUUCCUGAAACCUAGUAAAGACCAAACUAAUGAAUUAACCAAAAUCCUAUUAAUAUGGGUUUAGCAUUUUGUGAUAUAAAGACAACUUCUCAAUGGUGACUGAAAAAGACUUAACAGUAUUAUUAUAUAGGUGACAAUUGAAAAUAUUAUAUUCAAAGAAAUGAAUUAUUCUAAUUUCUAACCAAUUUCUUCUGAACUAUAGAAUCUGAAAAUAAACCAAACAAAAUUAACAAAAAAUUUGACUACACCAAAGUACAAAAAUUACAAUUUAUAUUGCAUUUUUUUUUCUUCAAAUUAAAAAUGGACAACUUUAAAAUCUUAAAAAUAAACUAGAUUUUAGUAAUUGUUUAAGCUCCUACUUAUUAAAGUAUUAAAAUAAGUGUACUUUUAAAAUAGAGCUUAUAGUAAUGGAAUAGUGUGAUAUUUAUUAUCUGUAGAUGUUAAUGUGAUCUUUGUAUAAUCUGUAUUUAUUGUUUGGCGGGAAAUCCCAAAAAUGUAGUCCUUAGUUUUUUUUAGAAUAUUUCGAUAAAAAAAAUGGAAUUUAUUGCAAAUAAUGUUUUAAAUAAGAGCGUGUGUGCCGAGCACACGUGUCAGAAAUGAAACUUCUUUGGCUUCAAAGAUACCAAAAUCGUCGCCGUACUCCAUGACGUGACGGUAUUUCUAUGACGCGACCUUGAAAUUUUCCUCUCAAAUUGCCUAUAGAAGCUUCACUUCAAAAAAUGUGUUUUUUUUGUUACUCAAAUAUCCAUCUAUACUUUAUACAUAAAAAAGAAGCAUUUUUUUGCAAACUAGGUAUAUACUGGAAUGAAAAUACAUGCUUUUUUGUAGUUAAUGAUAUUUAUUUUAAUACUAGCUGUUCCCCGCGGUUUCACCCGCAUAGCUCCGCUCAUGUUGGUCUUAGCGUGAUGAUAUUAUAUAUA